CGCCGCCUCGGUGCCUCCUCGCUUCGAAGUGUUCGUGCGAAGGCGACCCUCCCUCCUUCGCUCCUUCCGCGCCGCCUCCCGGCCGUCGCCGCCAUGGUGAAGUACUCGCAGGAGCCGGGCAACCCUACCAAGUCGGCUAAGGCCAUGGGCAGGGAUCUGAGGGUCCACUUCAAGAACACAAGGGAGACAGCCUUUGCGCUUCGCAAGUUGUCUUUGACCAAGGCUAAGCGAUACCUUGAGGAUGUUAUUGCUCACAAGCAGGCAAUUCCCUUCCGGAGAUACUGUGGGGGUGUUGGUCGCACCGCGCAAGCUAAGUCGCGCCACUCCAAUGGGCAGGGCCGCUGGCCCGUUAAAUCAGCCAGGUUCAUCCUGGAUUUGCUGAAGAAUGCUGAGAGUAACGCUGAUGUGAAAGGCUUGGAUGUGGACAACCUCUAUGUUUCACACAUCCAGGUGAAUCAAGCCCAGAAGCAGAGGCGCCGCACCUACCGUGCUCACGGGCGCAUCAAUCCCUACAUGUCCUCACCUUGCCACAUUGAGCUGAUCUUGUCAGAGAAGGAAGAGCCUGUGAAGAAAGAGGCUGACAACAUUGUCGCAGCAAGGAAGCAGUGAAGUAUAUCAGCAUGCUGAUCGAGGCCAUUUUGUCGAAGUAUUAUAGCCGUAGCUCUUUUAUGUACCUUUUCAGGCAGCCUUGCCUCUCGAGACGUUUCCGGCACCGAUGUUUUAAAUCUGGAUUAUCUAUGUUCUGUACUGAACUACUGUGUUGGACUGUAAGUUCAGCUCGUAAUACAAUAGCUCUUAAGAUAUCUGGGCACUUAAUCUGCAUGGACUAAUUUGGUUUACUUAGGGUCUUUGGUUUUAAGAAUAAGCUAGUCCAUCAUCUUCUCACUCAUCUUUUUUGUUUGGUUUGUGGAAUGAAAUGAGUUUGAUC